GAGACGACGAACUUCGAGCUGUGCUGAGAGGACAGCUUGUAAGACGUCUUGGCGUAGCGACAUGUGAAAGAGUUCCAUCCAUAUCACCACGACUGCCACCAUCUCGCUCCCUUAACCGCGCACAAACGAUUCGCGACAACGACCCUCGCUACCUCCUCGUCCUCACCCACAACAAUGGCGCCCAAAAAAUCCGCAACGCCCGCAACAAUCCCCGCCUCGAGCGCAACUACAUCCGCAACACAACCCCGAACCGUCACAUCCAAAACCUUUGAGAACAAAUCCUCUUCCUCCUCCUCAACGAAAUCCGCAGCACCCUCGACGCUCCGCGCGCAAGAUUUCCAAUCUAUCAUCACACACAUCUGGUCCAACUAUAACAACCACACUCCACAACGCGUUAAACUGAUCGACACGUUUCUUGGGUUCCUCCUCCUGGUUGGAGUUUUGCAAUUCGCGUACUGUGUGUUGGCGGGAAAUUUUCCCUUCAACGCCUUCCUCUCCGGCUUCGGCGCAACAGUCGGUCAAUUCGUCCUCACAGCCAGUCUACGCAUCCAAACGAACCCAGAAAACAAGGCGGAUUUUGAGAGGAUUAGCCAUGAGAGAGCAUUCGCGGAUUUCGUCUUUGGCAGCUUGAUUCUGCACUUCUUUUGCGUGAACUUCAUCAACUGAGAGGAUUAGGGAGAAGGGGAGGAUCAUGACAAAAGAGCCAGCAGGAGACAAGACGGUGCAGGAGUAGUGCAACCGCAGCAUCGAGCACGGGAUUAA